AUGCAUGCAUCACUUCCAUACAACCAGAAGCAUCCAACUUUAAUUCCAAAACGGCAUCCAUUCACGGUAUUACUUAUUCAUCACUACCACAAAGAAAACCAUCACCCCGGAGCCACUACACUUCAACAAUUAAUUCAACAACAAUUUUGGAUCAUGUCAGUACGAUCGCAAUUGCGUUUCUGUAUUCCUUGCUAUCGAAUACGUCCCAAAGCCGUUCAACCAGUAAUGGGAAACCUGCCAAAGUACCGAUUGCAGCAGAUUAAGCCAUUUCAUCAAACAGGUAUAGAUUAUGCAGGCCCAAUUAGUUUAAAGGAACUCUCGUAA